UAGUCGUCCAUGAAAAAGUGGGCUUAGUUUCAAAAAUAUUUUUAGUUACAAUACUCAUACAAUACUGAUAUCAAGCACAAAAAAACACAUCAAAUGGCGGAACCAGAUAAUAAAAUAGGUGGUGGGGAGGCCGUGAAACGAUGCUGCAGUUUCCAUUGGAGAGGAAAGUCAUCUAUCCUAAUACCCAUUGCGACGUUGCCAGUGUUAGUGUAUGGGUACCUUGAUGGCGGAAAGGCAUUUAUUUGCAUGUAUCUGGUCUUAAACAUGGCACUUUUCUGGAUAAGCGAAGCUAUUCCCCUUUAUUUAACCGCAUUGUUUCCGGUCGUGUUUUUGCCACUCUUCCAAAUUUUGCCCUCCGACCAAGUAUGCCGUUUUUACUUCAGUGAUACAGUGGUUAUGUUUCUCGGUGGCUUGAUAAUCGCUUUAGCGAUAGAGUAUUGUAAUCUUCAUCAGCGCAUCGCCUUGACAGUUAUUCUUAUAGUGGGCUGCAGUCCAAGGCGAUUGCAUCUCGGCUUAACAAUGGUCACCUGCUUUAUAUCGCUUUGGAUUUCAAACUCUGCGGCAACUGCUAUGAUGUGUCCAAUUGUAAAAGCCGUUCUAAACGAAAUGGAAGCGUCCAAUAUUUUUGCAAUUUACAAAACCCAGGAAGAGGAACCAAUGGAGGAAGGCGAUCCACCACAUCCGUCGACAAUCUCAAUGUCCUUUUAUUUUGCCGUUGCGUAUGCCUCAACUAUUGGCGGAUGUGGCACUCUAAUUGGAACAGGAACUAAUUUGACCUACAAAGGUCUGUACGAAACGCGAUUUCCCGACUCCGAGGACAAAAUUACCUUCCCCCUUUUUAUGAUGUAUUCGCUUCCAUUCGUUGUGGUCGUUCUAGUUGUUCUCUGCUGGAUUUCCCUUCAAAUAACUCACAUGGGUUUGUUUCGACCCAACAGUAAGGUGGGUCAGGAGGUAAAAAAAGGAGGUGAGGCGCAGGAUGUCGUUAAAGCCGUGAUCAAGGAACGCAAGAACGAUCUGGGCAAGAUGAGCUGCCAUGAGAUUCAGGUAGCCCUUCUGUUCAUCCUUAUGGUUAUUUUGCUUUUUACUCGAUCGCCAGGAUUCUUUCCUGGCUGGGCCGACUUUCUGAAUGCAAAAAAGAUAGAUAGUGGUCCCCCAGUGUGGGCGGCAACCAUGUUGCUCUUUGCACUGCCUACACAGUACACAUUCUUCAAGUACUGCUGUGGCAAGGCUCCUUUUCCAGGACAAACAUUGGAUGCCUGCAUGUCCUGGGUCUAUACCCACAAGUAUACCCCAUUCGGCUUGUGCUUUUUGCUGGGAGGAGGGUUUGCUUUGGCGGAGGGCAGUCGGGUAAGCGGAAUGGCAAAAAUGCUGGGCGACUCCCUUGCGUUUGCCGCAAAUAUGCCCGCCGCACUUGUGGUGGGGAUGUGCAUCAUAAUUUCAAUAUUCUGCACGGCAUUUGCCUCUAACGUGGCAAUGUGCAACAUUCUGAUCCCGAUAUUCUCAGAGAUGGCUCUCGCCAUCAAGGUGCAUCCAAUCACACUAACAUUGCCAGCAGCAUUGGCUUGCAGCUUGGCUUUUCAUUUGCCAGUGAGCACGCCACCAAAUGCAAUCAUAUCGGGCUAUGCGGGCAUCAAGACAAAAUACAUGGCAGCGGCCGGGGUACUGCCAUCAUUUUGGGCUUUUUGGUGUCUUCUUAUAACUGGAGCCUUAUGGACCCGGGUGAUCUAUCCGAAUUCAAGUUCGUUCCCCGAUUGGGCAACAUAACAAAAAAACACCUAUAAAAGUUAAACAUUUUCGGAUAAAAAAAUCAAAAGUGUAAAUUAUAAAUAUGUAAAUAUAAUUUGGAGAAAUUAUUGUAGCAGAAAUAAAAAUUGUUUAUUUAUGGUGUCAUUGAA